AUGGUGGUAUGGCUUUCGCAUGAACAUUCGAUCACGUGCGCGGAUGAGAGUGUGUCAAGUGCGCGGUUGUCCACGGACGAGGGUGUGAACGUGUCAUUUGUAAGAUGUAUUAUUAGCAUAAUAAUUCUUAGCGUCAACUUGCUAGAAAUCGGACGUUUCGAAGUUUUUCUUGUGUGUUUAGAGAUGAGCAGUAAGAGCAAGAAAGAAGCAAAAGGAGAGGCGGAGCAGCAGCCGCAACCACCACAUAUGACGGCAAUGAAACCAGUUACUGAAGGGGCUUACGGUGGUGGAAUGUAUGGAACUGAGAAGAACAAUAAAGAAGAAAAUACUUCUAAUAGGGCACCAGCAAGUGACACACAAAGUGCUGAUGGUCCAGUUGGUCACACCAUUGAACCUAAACACAAACCUCCUCCUUCCUCUGGAGAUCGUGAUAUUGAUAUCACUGGUCAAUCUUAUAUUCAGUAACUC